AGGCGCAGCAAGAUGGCGGCCGAGACGGUGGAGCUUCACAAGCUGAAGAGCACUUCUUAAACUUUUGGAGGUCACAGAUAUCUUUGAAACUCUGAUGAAAGCUUGCUGAACUAAAGCAAGAAUGUCUUGCUCGUGGUUUAGAGACCAAGGGAAUAAAACAAGAUCUUAUAAAUAGGCUCCAGGCCUAUCUUGAAGAACAUGCAGAAGAAGAAGCAAAUGAAGAAGAUGUACUGGGAGAUGAAACUGAGGAAGAAGAACCAAAGCCCAUAGAACUGCCUGUUAAAGAGGAAGAACCUCCUGAAAAGGCUGUUGAUAUGGCAUCGGAAAAGAAGGUGGUAAAGAUUACAUCUGGAAUCCCUCAGACUGAGAGAAUGCAGAAGAGGGCUGAACGAUUCAAUGUACCUGUAAGCCUGGAGAGUAAGAAGGCUGCCCGGGCGGCGAGGUUUGGAAUUUCUUCAGCUCCAACAAAAGGUUUAUCAUCUGACACCAAGCCUAUGGUUAACCUGGAUAAACUAAAGGAAAGAGCACAGAGAUUUGGUUUGAAUGUCUCUUCCAUCUCUAGAAAGUCUGAGGAUGAUGAGAAGCUGAAGAAACGGAAGGAGAGAUUUGGGAUUGUGACAAGUUCAGCUGGAACUGGAACCACAGAGGAUACAGAGAUCUACUCACUGCCCACCUCUUUACAAAAACCCACAGUCAUUCAUUUACUCAUAAGUACCAGGACUAGUGGAUGGACUCGGCAUCCACUGGAGCCUUACGGGAACCUGUAAAGAAAACCGGCUCUUCCCCCAGACUAUCACCUCUUAGGACCUCUUCAGUUAGGGGGGAGCGCUUGGACUUCUUCCUCCUCCAUGCUGGAAUGUUUACUAGUUUGACUUUGUGCAGGUCUUGUGUGGGGAGCCAUAACUGCUGUGUGAGUGAUGUCAAAAAGACACUGUUCUCCAACCUCUCAUUCUUACUGACUUUCUACCCCCUCUUACGCAUAGUCCCUGAGCUUCAUGGACAUUCCAUCCAGAUGCCAUUUGUGGCUGAGUACUCCUCAGACACUUCCUCUCUGCACUUUGAUCAGUUGUGAGUUUACUACCAUCCAUUAUACAGAAACCCUCACUGUGAUGAGGUCUAAAGGCCAAACUAAUCUAUAGGUAGG